ACUGUUCAGCGUAGCCGGCGCGCAGCGGAGGGCUUUCGCGCGCGGCGCUGGUUCACACGGGUUCCCCUCAGCAAGUUCCCCCUCAGAAUAAUUGCUGCUGCUGUUUGUGUUUUUUUUUUUUUUAAGCCCCUCACUUCCGGUUGCUUUCUUGUCCGCUUCCGGGUGACUCGGGCUCGGCUUCCGGUGGCGUUUCCCAGGAGCGGCGCGGGGCGGGUUGCGAUGCUGUCAGCGGGGGAGCCCGGGGCUGGCGGCUCGGAGCGGCCCGGCGGCCGGUUCAGCGUGCUGAGCUGGGAGCAGGUGCAGCGGCUGGACCAGAUCCUGGGCGAGGCUGUCCCCAUCCACGGCCGGGGCAACUUCCCCACCCUGUCCGUGCGGCCCCGCAGGAUCGUGCAGGUGGUCCGCAGCCGUCUGGAAAAGAAGGGAAUUGCAGUCCAUAAUGUCAGGUUGAAUGGCUCAGCAGCUAGCCAUGUCCUACAUCAAGAUAGUGGCCUGGGGUACAAAGACCUGGACCUCAUUUUUUGUGUGGAUCUGAAGAGUGAGGAUUCUUUCCAGCUAGUUAAAGAUGUGGUCAUGGACUGUCUCCUGGACUUCCUCCCAGAAGGAGUAAACAAAGACAAGAUCACCCCCAUGACUCUGAAGGAGGCAUAUGUGCAGAAGCUAGUGAAAGUAUGUAAUGAAACAGACCGCUGGAGCCUUAUAUCACUGUCCAAUAACAGUGGGAAAAAUGUGGAACUCAAAUUUGUGGACUCUCUCAGACGGCAGUUUGAGUUCAGUGUGGACUCCUUCCAGAUUAUAUUGGAUUCUCUGUUACUAUUCAGAGAGUGCUCGGAGAACCCCAUGUCUGAGAACUUCCACCCCACAAUCACUGGGGAAAGCAUGUAUGGGGACUUUGGGGAGGCAAUGGACCAUCUCAGGAACCGAAUCAUUGCCACCAGGAACCCAGAAGAAAUCAGAGGUGGUGGGCUUCUGAAGUACUGCAAUCUCCUGGUGAGAGGGUUUAAGCCCAAGUCAGAAGUAGAUAUGAAGGCAUUACAGAGAUACAUGUGCUCCAGGUUUUUCAUAGACUUUUCUGACAUUGGAGAACAGCAGCGGAAGCUCGAGUGUUACCUUCAGAGUCACUUUGUUGGGAUGGAGAGCAAAAGGUAUGACUGCCUGAUGACCCUACACCGGGUGGUGAAUGAAAGUACAGUGUGCCUGAUGGGACACGAAAGGAGGCAAACUCUGAACCUCAUUGCCAUGCUGGCUGUGAGGGUGCUGGCUGAGCAGAACAUCAUCCCAACAGUAACCAAUGUGACCUGCUACUAUCAGCCAGCACCAUAUGUCAGCGAAAUAAACUUCAACUACUAUGUCACCCAUGUGCAGCCCCUUCUGCCUUGCAGUCACUCCUACCCAACAUGGCUUCCUUGUAACUGAGCAUGGACAACACUUUCUAGGAUCUGUAGUCCAGGGUGCUCCCUGGCCUUGGCAGCCUUCUGGAAGAACUGUGACAAAAGGCAAUAAUAUACUGGACUCUUUCUCAAGAGUUUUUUUCCCAAGUUUGUUGGAACUAGCUGUGUCUGCUGUACGCUGUGGAGAUUGGAUGUGCAGUGUUAUGGAAACUGUAGAUCUGAGAUGUUUGCAGGAAGACUUAUGAAUUAUGUAGGCAACAGGGGAGUUAGGGGGAUUGUAGGAUUAGGCUAAAGGUAAAGCUGCACUGCCCUGAAAUGCAAAUCAGUCUGAAUUUCCUUUAGUGCAGGAGGUUUUAAGGGUUGUGCAGACUCAUGGUUUCUGAAGAUAGAAGCCAGAGUGGCUGAUUCCUUUGAAGGACCAAAGAAUCCUGUUAAGUGCCUGUAACAAUAUAAACACAAUUGUACUGUAAACCUUUAUUUUUUUAUUAUUUUUUUGGCAGGGGCUAAGGUCCCUAAGUGCUUGUGUGGGGAUGUCUUGAUGAAAAUGUGUUUUUUGUUUUGGAUGGGAGGGGGUCAUUUGAUCAUUUCUCAUAACAUAACAGAUGUUGGAUUGCAGGUGACAUAUUGCAAAGGCUUUUGGCAUGGCUUGCUGCUCGUGAAGGACUGGCUAAUAGUAUCUAAUAGUAGUCAAAGCUGAGUCGCACAUAGGUGGGGGUUGGCAUUGAAUGUAACAUGAGACACUUGGGGCUGGGGAAGAAUUGCAUUGUGGAGAAUGCUGUGCAGAGCUUGAUGGAGAUGGGAAGCAGUAGAGGCCUAUCCAGUUAGUCACUAAGAAGCUCCCAAAUCGGCAGCGCCAAAAUUUUCAGCAACUUGUGUACAUAAACAGUAAAGCAAAGGAUCUGUUUGGGAGUCUGCCCUUGGUUAGACUAGUACAAAGCUAUGCCUUCUAGGGAAUUUGAAAUGCUGCUGCUUUUUGGCGUGCAGUGUGGUUUUAAUGCACAAACCAACCAGUGGCCAGCUGGCCAUUCUGGGAAAGACCAGGCUUGUCCUGAAGCACAAACCAACUAUUGGCUAGUCAAACCGUUGACCAUAGCAGUUGCUUUUAUGUAGGCUGGAGCCAGUUUUAGGUAAAAUGCUUAGAGCCCUGUCCCUCAAGUAUUAGAUUCAGCUGUAGAGUCCUAGCAGAUUCUCUUGAUCCUAGCCUGCCUUGGCUAGAGAAUAAAUCUUCCUUCCUGUGCCCUUGGUCCUUUUGUCAAAAGCAGCCUGUUUUUUCAGCUACACAAUUCCACAUCUGAGCAACAGAUAUGAGAUUACGAAUGUAAAAUGCUUAGAAAUGAAACAUGACUUCUUUUGUGCAAAAAAAAAAAAAAACAAAAAAAAAACCCCCUAAGUUUGGCUUUAGGAAAAAGUAUGUCUUUUUAAAAAAAAAACAAAAAACCACAACAAACCUUUGUCUGAGAGCAUUUUAGUGUCUCUUAUGCAAAUGUUCUGCCUUUGAAGUUAUGGGGGUGGGUGGGUGGGUGUGUGUGUGUGGAGUACAAACAGUCCUGCCCUGAGAUGUCUGGACUGCUUACCCAUUCUUUUGCAACAUCACAUUUGAGACUUAACGAUGCAUGGGUUUGUAAAGCUGGUACAACUGAGACAUCAGGCAUCUUCUCUUCAAAAAGAUAAGUGCGCAGCUCUGGGAGUAUACAACACUAGUCACUUCAUGGUGCUUCCUCAGAGGCUAAUAUACUUGACUAUUUUUACUAACUUGUUUUCUGGUUAUAAAACUGUACCAUGGCUGGGCACAUUGAACAAUCUAAUAAAGAUUAGAUACUUGGAAUAUGUAUAACCAGAAUUUUACCUUCGGGGGGGCAGGGGGAAUGGGGAGGGAGGGUUGGAGCGUGUGCAUGCACUUCUCUGAAUACUAACAGGCUUAAACAAAUCUGCUCCAACUUUGCUCCUUUCAUCUUUAUCCAGUAAGAACAGGGCCCUGCCACUGCCUGUCAUAGUUUGUUAAACCUACUGUGACCUCAUGCUCUCAGACUGUACAAGUUUAUUUACACAAGUAAUCGUGAUACAGCUUAUGGGGUAAACUCUGCUACAUGUAACUUCUUGAUGCCCAGAGCCUGCUUCCUGUGGCAAUGCCUGACAUAAGGGGGUUUCAAAUUUAGUUUUUCCUUGUGCUGAAAAACUGGUUUAAAGGAUGUUUUUGGGAAUACUAACUAGGAUCUCUAGACAUGCAAUCCUCACUCAGACGCACUUUAAGGGGAGACCUGGCUUUGCACUUUUUAUUAAACUUACUAUUAACACAGCUGAUCUAUAGCAUGCUGCACGUUUUUCUUUUUUCGGGCAGGGGGCAGGGAGGCUUCUCUCAUACUCCUUACCACAAAGUGUGAAGGUAGAUGCACUAAACUCUGAUCUUUCCAGGGCAGUGACAGAACUCCCUCUUUCUCUAACAGAAUGUAAAGUUUCCCUACAGCUAAAGGCUUGAUGGGGGGGGGAAACUUAAAAUAAGGCUGCACUUUUGAUUUGUGGAGUGUGUGGGGAAUGGGAGUGGUUGAUUCCUUGCAGGGUGAGAUGCUGCCACUUGUAGAAAAUCUGAAGAUUCCAGUAGUCUGGCACUCUUAAUUUUGUUUCAAAUGUACAUAUUUCCCCCCUGCAUCUGUAUCACUUGUCAUGCAACGGACUUGACGUAGACUCACUAGAUUCUUUAGAAUCUGUUACAAAUAAAUACAGUGUAUUAAAUUCAA